UAAACGGCUAAACCCACCGAACCGCCAUUGAAGAACUCGCACCGCAGUUUUCAAGCAUGUCGCGCUCAAUGCAUUUCAUUUCCAAAACCAUUCCUGGGUGUGGCCCACCCGAUGGGAUAUGUCUUCCCUGCUCAGGAUCUUCGGGAAGAGCACUGAGCAUGCCACACAACUCUUCUCGUAGCGACUACAAACUCAGUUCCGACGUGAAAUUCCUAUCUGUGAGAUGUGCGUCUCGGUACACAUCCACUGUGUGCAACGCAAACCACAGCAAUUACAGGAGAAACUCGGACUUCUCGAAGCAAAACAAGCAGGGGUUCUCCCGCAACAGAAACAGGAACAACGAAGAGAGAGAAGGUUUUGAAGACAUGGAAGAAUCCGAAACUCUCUCUUCCAAAAACGGCUCGUUUCUCUCCGGAAGUCACAAAUAUCAAGCCACUGCCACUCCAGGCCCGAGGGAGAAGGAGAUUGUCGAAUUGUUCCGGAAAGUUCAGGCUCAGCUCCGCGAGAGAGCAGCAAUAAAGGAAGAAAGGAAAGUGGAUGACUCUCAAGGGAAAAGCAAGGAGAGUGAGACCGUAGAUUCUCUGCUCAAACUCUUGAGGAAGCACUCUGUUCAACAGGGGAAGAAAAGCAAUAAUAACAACAGCAACAACAGUAACAGGGAUUUCAUACUCGAUCAACAAGAACAAGUGGGCUCGUUGAACGGAAAGAGAAGCACAAGCAUAUCGGAUUCUAGCAAUCCUGUGAAGCACGAGGUACUAGAAAGCCCGAAACCACCUCUUACACGGCCCAAAUCGAACUUCAGUAAAAGAUCCCCUGUCCCUGAAAUCAAAUUCCCAAGUGUUUAUUCUGCUGAGGGAUCUGUUACCGUGAACAGUUCACCGGACAUUGUAGAUGGUGGAAGAAAGGCGAUUAGUUUGGAGAGAGAAAGUGUUGAUAUUGAUUCCGACUCUGAAGCGGACCCUCUGUUUCAAGAGGAGAACGUGUUUGACGAGAUUUUGGAAGACGAAAUUUCGGAAAUUUACGAGAGCGAGCAUGAAGAAGAGGUGGUUGCUGUUGUUGCAGCAAAAGAAGAGGAUGUGGUUGGAGCUAGUGACGAUUUGAGUGGAAUGAAGAUGACGGAACUGAGAGCGCUUGCCAAGUCUCGUGGCAUGAAGGGCUUUUCGAAGUUGAAAAAGAACGAGCUCGUCGAAUUGCUAAGCCGGUCGGAAAUAUGAUUUUGAUUCCGUAGUAGAGUGGUUUUCAUGAGGAAACAAUUUGGGAUUCUUUUUUUGUUUACUUCUCAUAAUUUUUAUUGCUAGUCUAAUA